AUGGAUGCUAAAGGCUUACUUGAAUACCUCAAGGCAGAUCUCACUUGCUCCAUCUGCCUGUGCUACUUCACAGACCCGGUAACUGUCAAAUGUGGCCACAAUUUUUGCACAGAGUGUCUUCUAAAGUGCAGGGAGGGAGCUGAUGCCACAUUAAUCUGCCCAGAGUGCAGACAAAUCAUCCAAAUCAGUAAUUUGGUGCCCAACAAAAAUUUGCAGAAUCUUUGUAUCACUGGCAAAAUGAUCAGAUAUCAUUUACUUCAGAGUGUGGUGGGCCUGGCCACCUGUGAUCAACAUGGGGAAAAAGAGAAGCUCUUCUGUGAGGAAGAUAAGAGACUCCUCUGUGAGUCUUGUUUAAUAGUCCCAGAGCACAAGGAUCACCAAGUCCUUCCCUUGGACAAGGCUGCUGACAAGUACAAGGAGAAGCUCCAGGAAUCAUGGAAUAUCUUACAGAAAAAACAGGAACAAUUCAAAAUUUCAUUGGACAGUAUGAGAAGGAGAGAAACACAGUGUAAGGCAGAUGCUUUUGCUCUUAAACAGUCAAUUACGUCUGAAUAUGAGAAAAUGCACCAGUUCUUAUUGGAUGAAGAGUGUCUGUACCUGGAAAGAGUGGACCAGGAAUCCAAAGACAAGCUCAGAAGACUGGAAGAGAAAAAGACCAAAGUGACACAACAAAUCCAGGAUAUGCAACAAAUGAUGUUAAAAAUAGAGGAGAACUUGAACAAGGAUCCCUUGGAAAUGCUCCAGGAUAUGAAAGACACCUUGGCAAGGAAUGAGGAGCUGUUACUUCAAGAGCCAGAGAUUGUUUUCCCUGCCUGGAGCACCUGUCCCAUCACUGGCUUGAGAAAAAUGCUCAGGAACUACCAGAGGGAAAUAACUCUGGAUCCUGAAACAGCCAAUCCUCAUCUCAUCUUGUCUGAAGAUUUGAGGAGCUUCAAUUAUACAAGCGUCCCCCAGGACCUGCCUGACAAUGCAGAAAGAUUUGACUGUGCUCUUACUGUACUUGGGGCCCAGACUUUCACCUCAGGCAAACACUAUUGGGAAGUGGAGGUGGGAGAUAAGACAGAGUGGUCAGUGGGCAUCUGUGAAGAUUCAGUUAGCAGAAAGGGGACACACUCUCUAUCAUCCAAGGAUGUGAGAACUCUAGCUGCUUUUAAAUCUGGAAAUGAUUUCUUUCUCUGGAAUUCACAAUGUGGUUUGCGUAAGAGCAAGCCUAUCCACAAGGUGGGUAUUUUUCUUGAUUAUGAAAAAGGACAUAUAGGAUUUUACAACGUCACAGACAAAUCCCUCAUCUACAGUCCCCCAAAUGCUGCCUUUCAAGGACCUCUUCGGCCUUAUUUUUCUCCUUUCUAUCCCAAUGAUGAAAAUAUCCCUCCAUCACUCAUCAUCUACCCCUGGAGUAAUUAG